UCUUUGUAUUUAAUCAUGCCGAGAAAGUCAUCAAAAAAGGCAGCGAAGAACCGAACUGAUUCUUUAUCUCCCGGUCCGACUACUAUCGUCGAGGACGAGGAAUUGGUUACAUUGGCGGCCGUGAAAAAUCUUCUGGCCGUCCAGGAAUCCAUGAUGAGAUCCGUAUUUGAAUCAAUGGUAUCGCAGAUAUGUAGCCGGGUCGAUGACCUGGUAGAGAAGGUUUCGGGCCUAAAGGCAAGCCUUGAGUUCACUCAGAGUGAGGUUGAACGCUUUGGGCCUAUCAACAAGAAAGUUAAAGAGACUGACAGCGAGGUUGUUAAAGUAAAGGACGCUCUCGAGUAUCUCGAGAACCAGUCGAGACGUAAUAAUAUACGUGUGUCCGGAAUACCCGAAAGUCCAGGAGAGUCGUGGGCCGAUUCAGAAGCUAAAGUGAAAGAGGCGAUCCAGACGAAGCUUGGUUUGGAGAUUGAGAUCGAAAGGGCGCACCGCGUAGAAAGGAAAAAGGCAAAGGGCAGAUCCUUGACGCAGUCGGAGAAAGAGAGGCCGAGGACGAUUGUCUGUAAACUCAAGGACUGGAAGACGAAGGAGGCGGUUGUGAGAAAGGCCAGGAUUGACAAGCCGGCGGGUCUCUACGUUGCAGAAGACCUUGCAAGGGCUACACUUCUUAAGAGGGAAGCUAAAAUCGAAGAGAUGAAGAAGGCGAGAGCUGAAGGGAAGAGGGCUUACUUCAUACUAGACCGCCUAAUUAUUAGAGAUCAGAAACAGGAUGCAGCCGAAGGUAAAAUCCAGGCAGCCGGCAGCGGAUAGUGUGAUAAGUAAUCUGAAUAUUCCUUUAGCUAACGUUUUGCCUUUUUGUCAUUUAUCGGAUGAAGAUUUUCAAUCAGCGCUUUUUGAACAGCAAAAUGGCGUAAUUAGAUUCGAUCAUGAUCGAUUAGAAAAUCUUAAAUUCAACCCCUUACUUUCUGAAACAAACAAGCAACUUAGCUUAUGCGUUAAUAACGAUCCCGAUGCAAAUUUCUAUUCGUCGUUUACAUGUGACUACUACAUCGAGGAUCAAUUUAACGAAUUAGUGAAUAGUAAGACGGAAAAGGGGUUGUCUAUUUUACAUUUGAAUACCCGAAGUUUGUCCGGUAAUUUUGAUAAGGUAACCAAUUUACUGUCAACACUGAAUUUAACUUUCUCAAUGAUAGGAAUUAGUGAGACUUGGCUAAAAAAUGUUUGUCAUUCUUGUGACAUUCCAGGCUACAAUUAUGUUCAUGAACCACGCAAAGGCAGAACUGGGGGAGGUGUUGGCUUGUAUCUAAAACAGGAAUUCGAGUUUAAAUGCCGCCCGGAAAUAUGUUUUCUGAUACCUGCGCGGAAUCCUUAUUUGUUGAAAUAACUCGUCAAAAGGAAAGAAACAUUAUUGUUGGCGUUGUCUAUAGACCGCCAGAAAAAGACGUACAAGAAUUUUGUGAUGAACUAGAUCAAAUUCUUUUAGCCAUCUCUAAAAAUAACAAGUUGUGUAUAUUAAUGGCCGAUUGGAAUUUGGACCUAAUGAAGCAUGAUACCCAUCGUUUAACUGCUGAAUUUUUGGACAUAAUGUAUUCUAAAAUGUUUUUCCUUUGAUAACGCGCCCAACAAGAAUAACUUCUCAUACCGCUACACUUCUUGACAAUAUCUUUAUUAACGACCACAAUAGUUUCAGUAAAAGCGGGGUAUUGUUUUCGGAUGUAUCUGAUCACUUACCAGUUUUUACUUUACUUUCAGAAAAUAUUAAUGUUGUUGAUCACAAACAAUGGACAUUUUAUAGAGAAAAAUCCGCCACCAGCAAGGCGAAAUUUAGAUCUGAACUAGAAAUGCACAGUUGGGAUCAUAUCCCUGAUGAUGAUCCUUGUAGUGCUUAUAGCAAUUUCCUAGAUACGUUUACGACGAUUUAUAACAAUUGUUUUCCAUUAAAAAAAGUAAAAACAAAGAAAAGCAUUACAAGGAAGCCUUGGUUAACUAAAGGUCUCCUGAGGUCAAUCAAGAAAAAAAAUAACUUAUAUAGGCAAUUCUUAUGCUCUCCAACAUUACGUCACGAACAUCAAUAUAAGAAGUUUAGAAAUAAGCUUAAUCACAUACUUAAAAUAGCAAAGCGUGAUUAUUAUGACAAAAAACUAUCCGUAUACAAAUCCGACGUUAAAAAAACGUGGAGAAUUCUUAAUGAAGUUAUUAAUCGCCGUCAAAGUAAUUCACGUUUGCCUUCUAUAUUUAAGGUUGCCGGCCGUGAAGUCAGCGAUCCGAUGGAGAUUGCAAAUGGUUUUUGUGAUUAUUUCACAAAUCUUGGUCCCUCGUUAGCGGAGAAAGUAACAUCUUCUGACAAAUGUUUCUCUAGUUUUCUGAAUAAUAAUAUUCUUAAUUCAAUAUUUUUUUCUGAUACUGAUCACCAAGAAAUCAUUGAGAUCUGCUCAAGCCUUCGUCCUGGCACAGCUGCUGGGUUUGAUAAUAUCCACAUGGAUAUUAUAAAGCCAAAUAUUGAUAUCAUUUCCAAACCAAUAGCUGAUAUUAUCAAUUUAUCUACUCGGUCUGGUAUAGUCCCAAAGAAGUUAAAAGUGGCACGCGUUUUACCACUGUUUAAGACUGGUGAUCAGGCUUUUUAUGCAAACUAUAGACCUGUAUCCGUCUUACCAGUUUUUUCGAAAUUUUUCGAGAAAGUUGUAUAUAAACGGUUAUAUAAUUUCCUGAUUAAAUAUGAUAUUCUAUCAAAUAACCAAUAUGGUUUUAGAAAGAACCAUUCGACAGCUCUUGCACUUCUUCAUUUAUACGAUACUCUAUCUAGUGCUAUUGAUUAUAAAAAAUAUACUCUAGGCGUUUUUAUUGAUCUGUCAAAGGCGUUUGACACAGUCAAUCAUGGCAUUUUACUAGCGAAAUUGCAUAACUAUGGAAUACGUGGAACUCCUCUCGCAUGGUUUGAAAGUUAUCUUUCAGAUAGAGAGCAGUUUGUAAAUUUUAAUGGCGUUUCUUCUUGUCGUAAAUUAGUGAAGUGCGGUGUCCCACAAGGCAGCGUGCUCGGGCCGCUUCUCUUUCUGAUUUAUAUCAAUGAUAUAUGUAGCGUUUCAACCGCCUUAGACAUUCUUUUAUUUGCUGAUGAUACAAGUAUAUUUUUCUCCCAUAAAAACAUAGACUCAUUAUGUCUCACAAUCAAUAAUGAACUUACCAAAUUAACAGAUUGGUUUUGUGCAAACAAGUUAUCUA